UCUCGAUGGCCGGAUUCUCUAUUCCGGGAUGACGUCGAAGUAAAUGUUACAUGGACGUAAAAGCGUGGAUGACACCAGAUUUUGUCAGCUUCCAGAAGGAAUUGCAUGCAUGCGUUGAGAAUACACCAGAUGCAACGAAUAUAGCAAGCUUGCCUGUGAAGAUGAGAUUAAGUGCACAAUAACAAGAGAAAACACCUUAUCUGGCGGGCUAUUUUAAGAGCGGGAAAAAGCCGGCAUUGUUCUUCCGUGAGUUAAAGCAUAGCUAAUCUCGGUUGACAAGAAACAGCACAGUACUCAUCUUGCCAUCCUGCGUACUAUCUAGCAUUAUAUAUAUAUAGCAUUAUAUCUUUUUGAAGUAGAUUGUCAUUUUGAUCACAUUUAUAAAUAAACGAACAAUGAUGGCUGAUUAAAAUAUAUACAUCAACAGGCGGAUAACCUUUAUGAACAAGGCAUAUCAAUACAAGAGAUGUCCAGCUUUAAAGAAUACAGAAUAUUACUUGUAUAAAUGUGAACAUUUCAGCUGCCAUGGUGUUUCUGAGAGAGGGCCUGUGUCCUGGAUUGACUGAUGAAGUGGUUCAAGCACUGCGUGCCAAAAACAUUAGGACAGUUGUGGACCUUGUCUCUUCAGACAUUGAAGAUCUUGCACAGAAAUGUUCUGUGUCUUACAAGACGCUGUUGGCCGUGCGCCGGGUGCUCUUGGCCCAGAACUCGGCUUUUCCCGUUACCGGAGCCGACCUCUAUGAGGAGCUACUGAGCUCCACCGCCAUCCUCUCCACAGGAAAUGCCAGUUUGGAUAAGCUUCUAGACUCUGGUUUGUAUACUGGAGAACUGUCAGAGCUGGUUGGUGCUCCUGGGACUGGAAAAACUCAGAUAUGUCUUGGUGUGGCAGUAAAUAUAUCAUGUGAAGUGAAGCAGAGUGUUCUAUAUAUUGACUCCACGGGGGGACUUUCUGCUAACCGUUUGCUGCAGAUGAUAAAAGCCAAAAUUAGUAAUGCAGAAGAGCAGAUGGAAGCUCUUGGAAGAAUCCAAGUGUGUCCAGUAUUUGAUGUGUUCUCCUUAUUUGAGUGUCUACACCAUUUCAGGAGUACUGGCCUUCAGCAGUCCCUGGCUGGUGGCAGUUCUGUAAAGGCAGUAAUAGUGGACUCUGUGUCAGCUGUUCUGGCUAAUAUGCUGGGAGGCAAACAGACAGAGGGCAUGUCACUGAUGAUGCAAGUUGCAGGGGAACUGAGGACACUCGCCAAAGACCUUAACGUGGCCGUUCUAGUGACCAACCACGUGACCAGGGACGGCAAUGGGAUGAUUAAGGCUGGAUUAGGACAAUCUUGGAGCCACAUCCCUCGAACCCGGGUUCUCCUGCAACGCAUAGAGCAACCCAGGUCCACGUGCAGCAGCUUACGGACUGCAACCUUGAUCAAGUCUUCUCGAUGGCCAUGUUAUAGUAUGGAGGAGAUUGACCUCAGAUACUGGGGACAAUGUGAGGAGAAGCUACACGGACUCCAGGGAAAGAGGAAACAAGUCAGCAACAGUCCCAGCUGAGGCCUGAAUGUUUAAAGUUAACGGACUAAAGGAAGCAUUUCAGGUUCUGCACUAAUGACUCACCACGGCUUUUAAAACCCUUUAUCUGUACAACAGCUGUAUCCUAUAAUGGCGAGGUGGUGCAGUCAUGCGCACGCUGCUGGAAAAGGCUGCUUGAAAGAAAAACAGCUGAGCACAGAACUGCAUUUAUGAAACGGCCAGACUGUGUGUAUUCCUGCCUUAAAUUUUGCAGAAGUUAGGCAGAGCAGAUUUCCUUACUUGCAGUGGUGGCUUGUUUGAUAUUUUUGAACACGCUGCCUAGAUUUUGCUUGAAGUUACAAAUAUUUCCUCGUUUAUUUUUGAUUGUGAACUAGUACACUUUAUAAAUAUCUAGCGUAAGAAAUUAGACAAAGUGAUGCUGUGUAUGUAGCUAUUUGAAUAUUAUUAUUCUUCACUAAUAUAAUUUGUAAUUGUCAUGUUUA